GGGGGGAGGCUGAUGCUCAGUGUCAGGCUGUGGAUGAGAGCUGCUGGAUGUGACGUGCUGCAGAAUGCUGCAGAUUAUCCCCAGGGUUCCCCACACUGACUGCAGAGCCCCCGGAGCCGCCGCCGCCCCCCACACCCGUCCCCGGGGAAGGACCCCCAUGUAAGGCGGGAGCGGAGGGACCCCCGAGAAGCUUCUCCUCACCCGCAGUAUGACAGCCAUGAAGGAGCCGCGGGCCAACCCCCCCCAGGAGCAGGAGAUGGCAAGCAGCAGCCCCACGCAGCAGAACUGGAAGGGCAUCGCCAUUGCACUGCUGGUCAUUCUGGUCGUCUGCUCCUUGAUCACCAUGUCCGUAAUCCUGCUGACUCCAGAUGAAAUGACGAACGCUCCAGAGAAGAUCCUGAACCUUGACGACCUCUUCAGGAAGGAGUUUUCUAUCCACAAUCCUGAGCCCAGGUGGAUUAAUGAACAUGAGAUUGUCUAUAAGAACAGGGAUGGAUUUGUAUUCAAAUUUAACGCAGAGACCAACGACACCACAACGCUUUUAGAAAACUCCACGUUUGUGACGUUCAAGGCCUCUGGAUAUUCCCUGUCCCCAGACCAGCGCUAUGUGCUCCUGGCCUACGACGUCAAGCAGGUUUUCCACUAUUCAUUCACAGCCUCCUACGUGAUCUACAACAUCCACACCAGGGAAGUCUGGGAGCUGAACCCUCCGGAGGUUGAGGACUCGGUGCUGCAGCACGCGGCCUGGGGCAUCCAGGGGCAGCAGCUGAUCUUCAUAUUUGAGAAUAACAUUUAUUACCGGGCGGAGGUGAGGAGCAGCUCGCUUCGGCUGACCUCAUCCGGGAAGGAGGGGAUCAUCUACAACGGGCUUUCUGACUGGCUUUAUGAGGAGGAGCUCCUGCACACCCACAUCGCCCACUGGUGGUCUCCCGACGGCGAGAGGCUGGCGUUCCUCACCAUCAAUGACAGCGCCGUCCCCAAUAUGAUCAUUCCUCAGUACACUGGCAGCCUGUACCCACUGGGGAAACACUUCCCGUAUCCCAAGGCCGGGCAAACCAACCCCACCGUGAAACUGAUUGUGGUGAAUCUCUAUGGGCCGACGCACACCUUAGAGCUGAUGCCGCCAGACAGCCUGCGGUCCAGGGAUUAUUACAUCACUAUGGUGAAGUGGAUCAGUAACACCCGGACCGUGGUCAGAUGGAUGAACCGCCUGCAGAAUAUCUCCAUCCUAACCGUCUGUGACACCACCACCGGAGCUUGCAUCAAAAAAUAUGAAAUUGUCUCUGAAGUUUGGCUGGCAAAACAGAAUGAGGAACCUAUAUUUUCUAAAGAUGGCAGCCACUUCUUCAUGACGGUUCCUGUAAAACAAGGUGGCCGAGGAGAGUUCCAUCACAUCGCCAUGUUUAGUGUCCAGACAAAAAGCGACCACUUUAACAUCAGACAUCUGACAUCAGGGAGCUGGGAAGUCAUCAGGAUCCUGGCCUAUGAUGAGCCAUCAGAGAAGCUGUACUUCCUCAGCACAGAAGAUUCCCCUCGAGGACGGCAGCUGUACAGUGUCUACACCUCUGGUUUACUGAACCGCCGGUGCCUCUCGUGUGGAUCUGUAGGCGACCGAUGUUCCUACUUCAGUGCAAAGUUCAGUCCAUUGAACCAACACGUCCUGCUGCAUUGUAAAGGUCCAGGAGUCCAUGUCUUCAGUGUCCACAACACCAGUAAACCCUCAGAGUUUCACAUCAUAGAGAACAAUUUUGUGCUACAAGAAGCCAUUUCACAGAAGGAAAUCUUCAGGAGUCAAGUAAAAAUGAUUCCCAUUGAGGACCAUGAACUUCCUCUACGACUGUCAUAUCCUCAGGAUUUCAAGGAGCAGAAUCGGUAUCCUCUCCUCCUCAUCGUGGAUGAAUCUCCGGGAAGUCAGCUCGUCACUGACAAGUUUCACAUUGACUGGGAUUCGGUGCUUAUGAACACAGACAACGUGAUUGUGGCACGAUUCGAUGGCCGUGGCAGUGGCUUUCAAGGACUUAAGAUCUUGCAGCAGGUUCACCGAGGACUUGGAUCUGUGGAAGUAAAGGACCAAAUAGCUGCUGUAGAGUGGCUGCUGAGAGAACCCUACAUUGACACCAGCAGACUGAGUAUUUUCGGGAAGGGAUAUGGCGGUUACAUUGCAUCCAUGAUCUUAAAAGCCAAUGAAAGACUGUUCAGAUGUGGAGCCUUAAUCGCCCCGAUCACUGACAUGAGGCUAUAUGCUUCGGCCUUCUCAGAGCGGUACUUGGGGAUGCCAUCUGCCGAAGACAACACCUACCAGGCCUCCAGCGUCCUGCACAACAUUCGUGGUUUUAGGGUGAAACACCUGCUCCUGGUUCAUGGGAUGGCGGACGCAAAAGUCCAUUUCCAGCAUUCAGCGGAACUGAUCAAACAGCUGAUCAAGGUCGGGGUGAACCACACGGUGCAGAUUUAUCCUGAUGAAGGUCACAACAUCCUGUCUGACAAGAAUCGUUUUCAUCUGUACAGCACAUUGCUUCGCUUCUUCAGUGACUGCUCGCAGGGAGAGGCUGUUGUGGUGGCACAGGAGGUGGAGGAGGAUGAAUGAAGAUGAGCUCAGGACUUGUUCUUCUUAUUCACUGGUGUCCUGGCAGACACUGGGCCUGUAGCCCUGCACACAGAGGAGUUUCUACCUGCGGGGGAUGUACAGGGGAUGGUUCUUUCCACAUGAACCUCGUUUUGGAUACAAUUAGCGUAGUGCAUGUUUUCUUCGGUUUCUUUACCAGACUUUGUCCUAUUGUUUCUAUUCUCGUCUCUGAAUCCGCUGGAUCUCAUCAUCUGUCACUAAACAAGUGCAAUUUCUUCAGGUUUUUCCUCCUUUCUUCCUUCUGACAGAUCUGGUCCUUCAGUACUUUUGCCAAAUCCUGACUCUUUCUUCUGGUCCAGAGGGGCAGUGCUUAGAGGAUUUUUGCGAUCUCCCUUUCUAUUUAUACUUCGGACCUAAAGGUACACUUAUGUUUCAGGCUCUGUUGGACAGGAAGUCCAGGAUACAUAGCGGAUUUGCAGUGAAGACGAUGAGAGUUUUUUUUUGUCUGAUUGGUUUAAUAUCUGAUUUGCUUUACUUUACUAUGUAAAUUUCUCACUUGUAUAUAUGAAUACAUCAAUAUUAAAUUAUG